GCAGAGGGCGUGACGGGUUGUUUUCAUAGAAGACUAUUAAACGAUUGCAAAUCCUGGUUGAAAUUUCGCAAUAUUUUUAUCUCAUUUUUUGAGUAUUUAAUUUAGUCAAUUUGAAACUACUUGACAACUGAAUAAUUACACCAUGGACAAAGCCGCCGAAGCAACUCAACAUCCACCAAGCUAUAAUGAAGCUACUACUGAUGGACAACAGCAAGGCUAUCCACAGAAGUUUCCACCACAGGGGCAGUAUCCUCCACAGGGACAGUAUCCACCACAGGGACAGUAUCCACAGCAGGGGCAGUAUCCUCAACAGUAUCCAGCUGGUCAAGUAGGGUAUCCACCACAGUAUACCCAAUAUGGCCACCCUGGAUACACUAAUGUUGUGGUUUCCCAGCCUCCACCAGCAAUGGCUGUUACUGGACCACCGCCACAAGACCACAUGUGUGCUGCCGUUUUCGUCACUUUGUGUUGCUUUUGGCCUACUGGUAUUAUUGCUAUAAUCAAGGCUAUGGAUGCCAGAAAUGCCUUGGAAAGAGGUGAUCUGAUGACAGCCCAGAAUUCAGCUCGGUCUGCUAAACAGAUGGUGACAAUCAGCGUCAUCGUCGGUAUCAUCUCCAUCAUUGUCGUGGGUAUUUUGGUCGGAGUGUAUGUAGGCGUUAUUUUGGCACAAAUUAACGACAGCAGCAGCUAUAACUAUUAAACUAGCUGUUAUUGCGUAACUUUCGUUGACCAAGAAAUUUACUGGAAAUAGACCCAGUACAUAAUUCUAUUAAUUAGAGAUAAGUUUCUAAGGCUUCUUUUGAUUGGUCGGUUACCAUCUAAUGGUUAUCACUAUUUGACGUAAACCAAUCAAGACAAACCUUAGAAAAAAAAAUAUUUUAGCAACAUAAACUACAUUUGUGUUUGACCAUAUUUUAACCUCCCUUUAAUUUGUGAAAUAUUCAUUUAGCCUGAAUUUAAUAUUGAAGUCUCUGAUUGUCACUUUUAGUGAUUGUUGUUUCCUUGAAAAGGUUCAAAUACUCCUUGAAAAUCCUGGAAGAAUGAAAAUGUGAAUUCCAGUACUGGAAAAAUCCUGGAAAAACAAGAUUGAAACUCCUGGAAAAUUAAUAUUUGUGGUUUCGCUAUAAUUUUAAGGUAUAAAACUGUGAUAUAGUUGAAUCUCGAAUGCUUGGUUACCACUAUCACGAUUCGUGCUACGAAUGAAAUCGUGGUUUUUCAUUGUGGAGUAAUCAAAGACUUAAAAUGUCAGUCAACUAGCUUAGUGGCUGUAGUGUUCCCAAGCUGAGCUAACCGUAGACAGGCAUCCUAAGUUUAGUAUAUAAGAAAUACAUGACAAUCAGUAACUUUAAUACAGAUUCAAAUUUUAGAUAAAGAAAAAAUAUGCUAUACACGCAAGGGCGGAUCCAGGGGGUUGCAUAAUUAAUGCUUUACAUCAAUAAAAUUGAAUCACAUGUAAUCCUAUUAAUUCAUUAUAAAAAUUGACCUCAAACAGGGUGUUGGAUUUCUCUCUUUAAAAAGGUCAGUGUGGAUGAUGGCAUAAUGCAUUAUCAACUGUCAAAUUUCCUUAACAGGAACCGGGCAAACCCACUCCUGCAAAAAUUCCUGGAUCCGCCCCUGACAAGGUGUCUUUAAUCACACAAUAUUUUACUACAAAUUUUUAUGUUUUAACGACUUUUCAUAAUUAUUUAUCAAUCUGAUUAAUACACAGAUCUAAAAUUUGUUUUUAUACUUUCGAUGUUCUGUGCUUCAUAUAUGUGGGUUGGGUGGCCGAAUGGUUAACGCAUGCUGUAUCAGAAGGUCUGUCAUUGAGUCAACUGGCAUGGUUUUCAAUUCCCCAAUUGUAUGUGACACGGAGUAGGGUCGCCUGUCCAACCUCAUGGGUUUUUUUUCUGAGUCCUCCGGUUUCCUUCCACUACUAAAGACCCACAUGUGCAUUCAAAUUAUUAAAAUAAAAUUGAACCAUUAGUCCUGAAAUGACCUUAUGAAGGUUAAACCCUCUAUCUCUCUCUCUCUCUCUCUCUCUCUCAUUGGUUUAUCCUAUACACAAUACAGGGGAUGCUCGAUUCACAGUCCAGAACGUCCCGAAUUGACAGAAUUGCAAUCGAGUAACGCGGAAUUCAGUUCUGUCACAGUUCUGUCAGUCCCGACAACAGGGGUGGUGUGAGUAGAAUCGUGACGUAACUAUAAGGUUCCGUCUGCAUGGUUGGUUGAGAUAUUAACUUAUUCAGUCGACGCAUGCGUUGUAGUCCGAAAUCCACCUUUUCACUUGAUUGUCACUAUUUGUGGGAUUGAAGGAAUUCAAUUCCGGAACGUUCAAUCGAGUACCCACACAGAGUUGUGAAGACAAUUAGACGAAUUAUAAAAUAGCUAAACCAAAUAGGAACUGUGUAUUCCCUGCAAUAUAACCCUUUGACUUAACUUUCCACAAACGAACAAAUUAGGUACCUUGUCUUGCUGCUGCAUCACAAUCAGGGGAAUCAAACGUUAACCCACCCACGACCAAAACAAAUUAGGAACUGUAAUUUAAUCAGAUUGAACUAUUCAUUGGAUGCCUUGAAAACCGUAAAAUGUCCACAUGACACUUGUACAAGUUUCUAUUUUGCAUAAUUUUUAUAUCGCGUUAAUGUAAAUUACAAGCUUGAUUAUAUAAAUCUUAACAAUUUUUAAAAAUCUUAUUAACAAUUAAAUUUGUCCUGUGUCAAAAAAUAAAUGAAAAAUUGCCCUAUUUUUCUUACAAAGCUAACCUCCGUUUUUUUCUAAGAGUAGAAUUACUGGGUACAUAUUCUUUUGUGAAGUAAUAUAUAUUGAACUGUAGAAUGAAUAUCAAGCGUUGUCUUUAUGUGUUCAUUUUGUUCUUGUUAAUCAAUAUUUAAAUGUAAUGAUAUUAUAUUGAAUGGUACUUCUAAUAUUUGUCAUAAUAUUUUUAAUGAUGGUGGGUUCCAUAGGCUACAAAUAAUAAUAAAUGUUAUUCUAUAACUACAUGCUAAUACAAGCAAAUAUCAUUGAAUACAGCCGUUGAAUACAGCCAUUGAAUAACCUAUGGCUUGGACAGGUACUACUUUUGCCCAGAAGUGACGUCGCUUUCAGAAUUACGUCAAACUGUAAUGACGUCACCACUAGGCAAACAAAAUUUUUGUGGAACCUAUGAUGAAUUUUAACGUUAUUGGUGAUGAUUUUUUUUUUUGUUGAUAAUCUAGAUAAAACAGUGUAUUUUGAGAUUUGCAUGUAGUUAUAGAAUAAAAACAGAACUCAUUGACCAUUGAAUACCGCUCGGGUUAUUCCUUGGUUCACUCGAGUGUAACCCUGCCCCUGCUCAUUUGGACUAGCGCACAGUGCUCAUUUGGACUAGUGCACAGUGCUCACUCGGACUAGCGCACCGUGCUCACUCGGACUAGCGCACAGUGCUCACUCGGACUAGCGCAAAGUGUUCACUCGGACUAGCGCACCGUGCUCACUCGGACUAGCGCAUUGUGCUCACUCGGACUAGCGCACCGUGCUUACUCGGACUAGCGCACAGUGCUCACUCGGACUAGCGCAAAGUGUUCACUCGGACUAGCGCACCGUGCUCACUCGGACUAGCGCACAGUGCUCAAGGUUUCUCUUAAGCAUCUGUUCGCUUUGAUUUGUAUUUUACUUUUAAAUUUAUAUAUUUUAAAAUUUACUAUAAGGAUUUAAUUUAAAGGGCGUUUGAUUUUUUGUAAUUAAACUUAGAAAAUAAGGUUGUCAUGGUUGUAUUUCUCUCUGUGUAUACGCGCAAGCGAAUUAUUGAAAUAAAAUUGAACAAUAUGUUAGUUCCGAAAUGACCUAAUUUGUGCCGUCGACAUUAAACCCCAUUUCUCUAUCUCUAUCUUUGUAAAGGAACUGGAAUCUCGACUAAUCGUUCCGAUGGGACAGAACACUUGAGGUCCGCCUAUGAACAGGGGCUGAAUUAACCAUUAACCAAAAUAAGCAUGCUUUGUUAGAUUCCAAAUUUAAAAUAUUUAAUUCAAAAUUUUUUUGUUGUUUUCAUCUUUUCUUACUGUUAUCUCGCAAUUAUAAAAAACUCUAACCACGUGGCUUGACGGUUGUUUAUGAUUUAUUAUUGGUUGUAUUUUAAAAUGGGGGAACCAAAAUCUUUUUAAGUGCUUAGAGUCUCAAGAGAUCUUAAUCUGACCCUGCCUAUGUACAUAUUGACAGUUAAUGAGGAGCAGGUGGAAAACGCUGCCUUCCUGGCAAAAUUCUCCUACAUUUGGCACAUGUACUAUAGAAGUAGAAAUGUUUGUCUCGAUAUAUCAAGAAUAUUAUGUUAAUGGAACAGUAAUCCCCAUUCCAUUUUUAGAAAUGUUUUUUGAAAUGCAUAAUUAUUUUUAAGACAUAGAUUUAAAUUAAGAAAGACAUUUUUAUUGUUAUUUUAUAUUUAUCAGAGGAACCAGUCUGAUUAAAAUAAUGGGCCCUUAUUCACGAAAACUUAAACUAAGAUACAAUCGAAAUUUUAAAAAAUACUGCAAUUCGAUUGGCUGACCAGUAAAAUCAAUUUGCAUAUAUCCAAUUUGCAUAUUGGUCAGCCAAUCGAAUUGCAGUAUUUCUUAAAAUUUCGAUUGUAUCUUAGUUUAAGUUUUUGUGAAUAAGGGUCCAGAUCUAAAUUUCGUUUCGUUUUUUUAUAUUUUCGAUGGCCUGCACUAAAUGAAGAUCUGACCAGUUGUAAUGGGAGGUCACGUCAGGGGUCGUACGAGUGGCUUUUGACUCUAUGAUGUCAGAUAUUGAUUAAUCUGACGUAUCUAGGGCUUUACCCAUAGUUCUGUGCAGAGCAAGCCAAGAAAUCCCUGUAACAGACCGUUUCAUUGGCCAAUUCCUGACAUCAACUAGAACGCCUGUUAUAUAACAACUCUUCCAGAUCCUAGUGUAGUAAAGACAAGUAAAACGAAAUUUUGAACUAUAAAAAUGAAACGAAAUAGGACCUGUGUAUUAAUCAGAUGGUUGAGGAACAUGCCUUCUGUGACGGUAAUAGCGGGGGUGGGGUGGGGGGUUCAGGGUGUUUUUACUGUAUUACUUUACUUACACUGAUAUAUAUAUAUAUAUGACCCGCUCCCGCGAAAAAUAGCGCUUGUCGCACAACUUUAUUUUGUACUAGGGGCACAAAAGCAGAAACUGUAUAUAUGCCUUCAUCUUCGUGUUGCAAUGAAUGAGCCAAACUUCAGAUGAUACGACAAAUUUAAAAUAAAUUGCAUUUUCAGACUGUGGACUAUUCAAAUAUUCUGCCAGCUCUAUUUUUAUAAAAAUGACCAAGAGCCUGGUUUUGUGGGAGUAUCUCACAUAUUCUAAACAAAAACAACCUGAGCUCACCUGUAGAUUUGAUGUUUUAUUGAUUAUUUACUUAUAUUUUGUUUUUAAUAUACUUGUACAAGUUGUCAAUAAAUUAUAUAUAUAUAUAUACUGUCAA